AUGUCUCUGUUACUUGACGACAUGUAUAAUGGGACUGCACCUGAAUCAUCCUUUCAAGUAGCUGGAACAUUGUAUAGGAACAUAUAUUAUCUUGUGGAUGGGAUCUAUCCGGAGUGUGCUUGUUUUGUAAAGUCAUUGUCUUGUCCAAAUGAUCGCAAAAGGUUAAAGUUUAAGAGAUCUCAAGAGAAGACAAGAAAAUAUGUUGAACGAGCAUUUGGAGCUUUGAAAAAACGUUGGCAUAUUCUUAAAUAUCCCACGCCUUAUAUGGAGGAGAAAAAUAUGAGCGAGGUGAUGUAUACUUGUAUCAUAUUGCAUAAUAUCAUUCUCGAAGACGAAGGAAAUACAAUAUGUAAGUAUAACGAAAACGAGAUUGUUCUAUCGACACAAGCUUUUGAGGUUGGAAACACGGAGUACAUGUUGAGGAGGGCAAUAGUUCAUGAUGUUGAGAAAUAUCAUGUUCUUCGUAGGGACUUGACAGAACAUAUUUUGAACGUCGACCAUAUAGAUCUUAAUGCAGAAUCGGUCGACGAUUUGGAAGGUCAAUUUUCCGAUAAAGAUGUCAUUUAG